ACAGAGCCGCAGCUCAUAUCCAGUCCUCUCCGGCCUCCAUUUCAACACCAGCUCUCAACAGGAUUCCAGACAAAAAUCAGACAGCCUUACUGGAGGAAUAAUGGGUGCCCACGGCUCCAACCUGGAUGAUAUCCUGGAGGAAGACAUGCACCACUGGUACACUAAGUUCAUGAGGGAAUCUCCUUCAGGGCUCAUCACGCUCUUUGAGCUCAAGACUAUGCUAGAAAUGAACGGGAUGACCGAGGAGGCCAGCAGCUAUGUGGACCAGGUCUUCUUCACCUUCGACAUGGAUGGGGAUGGCUAUAUAGACUUUGUCGAAUACAUCGCAGCCAUAAGUUUACUGCUGAAAGGAGAAAUAAAUCAGAAAUUAAAGUGGUACUUCAAACUCUUUGAUCAAGACGGAAACGGGAAAAUUGACAAGGAGGAAUUGGAGACUAUAUUUAAGGCUAUUCAGGAUAUCACCAGAAGUUAUGAAAUCCCUCCUGAGGAGAUUGUGACCCUUAUAUAUGAGAAAAUCGAUGUGAACGGAGAAGGUGAGCUGACGCUGGAGGAGUUCAUCACUGGAGCCAAAGAGCAUCCUGACAUCAUGGAAAUGCUCACUAAAAUGAUGGAUCUCACCCACGUCCUGGAAAUCAUUGUCUUGGGUCAACGGAAAAAGGACGUGAACUGAAUCGCUGAUCAAUGAGCUGGAGGUUGGGGAGUUGAGAUCGCAUUGAGUGUUGCGUAAACAACUACGUGCACUUGAUGAAGAGCCAAGUCCCAUCUCAGACAGCUAAGAAUUAACUGAUUGACUGAGCAGGGCCUGAACUCUGCAUGUCUGCCAGAGGGAAAACAGAGAAUUUACCCUCUUCUCUUUCCUCUGCUUGUGCUCACUUCUCGCUUGGAUUUGUUCAUUUUUUUUUUUUUAAGGUUUAAACCACUUUAACAGGAGAUGUGCUGGUGCAGAGAUGCCAGUCUGCUUUCUGGGUCCCAUCAUGGUUCAAGCAGAUGGUGCGAAGAAAGAUGAAAAGAUCACCUGAAGAGUUUUCUGAGCUGGAAAUCUUAACAUUUGCAGAACUGUCAGGCACAAAGAGAUAAGCAGAGACAGUUUCUUUGGUCCAAAAUGUCUCAACAGCGUUGGGAUUCUUUUUUUUUUUUUUUUUGUAAAUCUAUAUUUGAUUUUGAUUUAGGAUUGAAGAUUUGAAUUCACAAUUUAACUUUUACUCGUCCAGUUGAAGGCUGCCAAAAUGAAAUGUGAAUUUCAUAUAAAAUAUUUUUUCAAAUGCUCCAUGUUCACUUAGCAUGUCAGCCUAUGACACUCACUGGGAUUGUAUAUUCUUUGUUAUGUGUUGUUAAUCUUGUAAGAUCUGCAUGAAAGCUACUACAAGUUAAAAACGGAAUGUAGGCAAACACGAUGCCAGUGUGAGGAUACGUUUCUCGAAAAAACAACCCUCACUAGCACAGGAUUCUUAAAUUCUUCACCUGAUUAAGAUGCAGGUCUAGAAUUAAAAGCAGGUUCUGCAUUGUACAUAAAAUACUUUUUUUAAUGAUGGCAUCAGUUUUUCUGUGACUAUGCAAAAAAAUAAAAAAUACCACAUACUCUUGUUGCAAAUCGUGGAGGCAAUGUUAUAAAAAUGUGGAUGAAGAAAGUUAAGAGUACAUCAAAUCAUGAUACAGCAUGUAGCAUCAUUGCUGGAAGGUCAAUGGAUAACUGAAGAUUACAUAAUUUAGACACCUGAUGACUAAAAUAUGCCAUUUUGUAAGCACAAGAACUCUUGAUACAUUUUAUUUCUUUACCAAAUUAUUGUCUAAAGAGAGUGUGCCAAGAGACAGACUGUCUGCAAAGCUUUCAUUUGCAUUUGUGCACAAAAAAACAGUUGUUAUAAAAUAACCUGAUAAUUAGAUGUCAUGUAGUUUGAUCCAAAAGUAAAUGUUUGCACGAGGUCAGUUUGGUUUUAUAUAAUCCAGUGUUGGCCUCCAUAAUCAGCAUCAUGAUCAGCCUAAUGUGUUUUUUGAGACAGCUUACGCAAGUUCUGUUUGUGUUUGCGUGCAAGCAGACAACAGUAGAUCUGAGAGUUCAAUAACUUCCAAAUCGCAACAAGGUUAGGCCAAGAUUCUUUAUUUUGGAUCACAGCUUAACUUUACUCAGCUUAUUUUUGGACAUAUAAAAAUCAAUAUCAAACCCUGAAAUUCUCUUAUGUCAAGGUCAUUCAAAUGUAAUGAUCUGCAUGUUUAAUGUUUUACCA